AUGACUGAAUUAGGAAAUUAUCUGAUAGGUAUUUAUUAUAAAGUGAAUUAUCAUUUCAGGUAAAACAAUAGGAGAAGGAACAUUUGGAAAAGUUUGUCAUGCCAAACAUCAAGUAUUAGGACAUGAUGUGGCUGUGAAGAUUUUAGAAAAGAAGAGAAUCAAUGAUGAAUUAGAUAUUGAAAGAGUAAAGCGAGAAAUAAGCAUAUUGCAGAUGUUGCAUCAUCCAAACGUUGUGUAACUCUAUGAGGUUACUUAUGUAAUUAUGAUUAGAUGAUUGAAACUGACUCACAUAUUUAUUUAUUUAUGGAGUAUGCAGACGGUGGAGAAUUGUUUGAUUAUAUCGAUUUAAAGAAGAGGUACUCUUGAAGUAAUCUGAUUAGGAUCAACGAGGUUGAAGCAUGCAAAUUCCUACAUGAAAUCAUUUCAGCCAUCUAAUACAUUCAUUAGUUGAGAAUAGUGCAUAGAGACCUGAAGCCUGAAAAUCUACUUUUAACUGCUCAAAAGAAUAUCCUGGUUGUUGAUUUCGGACUCAGUAACACCUAUGAGGACACUCUAAAGACAGCUUGUGGAAGUCCUUGUUAUGCAGCUCCUGAAAUGAUAUAAGGCAAACCUUAUUAUGGAUUAUAAACUGAUCUCUGGAGUUGUGGUGUCAUCCUCUAUGCCAUGUUAUGUGGGUAUCUCCCUUUCGAAGACAACAAUACCUAAGUUCUCUAUAAGAAAAUUUUAAAUGCUGAUUUCCAUAUACCUAGGUAUGUUUCAUUAGAUGGCAAAGACUUGAUUAAAAAUAUACUCACUGUUGAUCCUACGAAAAGGUUUACUAUUGAAUAAAUCAAAUAGCACAAGUGGUGGCAACUCUCGAAGUCAGAUGUAUCAAUUUUAAUUUAUUUAGAAUGUCUAAAUGACACCCUUCAAAGCAUCUUUUAGUAAGAUCUCUUGUACACUUAUGCCAAACAGUAUAUAUAAAUCAUGUGUGAAAAAAAAUAUUGAAAGGAAUAUUUCAGAAGAUGUGAAAACUUGUUGUGACACUGCUCAGCAAUCUAUAGAUAUACAAUUCACAGACAAGGAAGAUUUUAUUAACAAGUCCAAUAUUAAAGAUAUAAUCUAAGAAAACCCUCCACUUGAAAAAGAAACCGAAGAUUAAGUUCAAUAAUUUACUAAUGCUGAAGACCAUUAUGAAUUCUAAUAAUCUAUGCGAUCGUUAACCAGGUAGAAAUCAAGUCAAUCAAUUCAAUCAAUAACUCAUCUUCAUACAUAAAUCGAUUCUCCAUUAAAGUAAUAAAAUCUGACUACCACAACUAGACAAUCUAUUCCAUAUAAAUAAUAGAUUCCCCCUCAAAUUAACAAGGUUAUACCAAAAAAACCUGUCUUAACUCAAUAGCAAUAACAAUAAUUAUCAUAAAAGAAACCAAUAGCAAAAACGGUGCCUUCAAAAUCCUUGCAUGAACCUCCAAAUUUUGAAGCUAAAUUAGCUAAGUAACCAAAUACUCCAAGCAAUAAAUAGUAAAAUAAUUCUACCAUCAACUCAUCAAAUCCCACUCAUAAUUCUUCAAUUGUAAGUCAUCAAUUGAAAACUGAUAUCCCAAAAAAGAAUUCAAUACCUCCAGUGAAAUUGAGUGUAAUUUAAGAAUAACUAAAAGAAAAUAAGGAAAAGUCUCAUUCUCUGAAAACUUAACCCGCGUAAACUAAAUAAUAACAAAUCUAGCAAUAAUAACAGUAGUAAUAAUAAUAAUAAUAAUAAUAAUAAUAAUAAUAAUAAUAACAAUAAAUUUAAUAACAAAAAUAAUAGGUUAAUUCUAGCAAACCAUAAUCCAUAUAAAAAACACCUAUUAAAUAAACUCCUCCUUAAAUCAAUUCAACUAAAAGAUCGCUUCAUUAAAAAUAAGCAGCUAGCCUCUAAAUGGAAAGACAAUCAUUUCAUACUUAAUAAUCCACUGUCGAAGAUAAUUCUAUUAUAUAAUUUAAUGAUAAUCCAAAACCACCCCUUGAAAAUAUUAAGCUCAUGGUCGAAAAAUUUACAUCCAGACUCAAUAAUAUUAGUAUUCCUUCCUCAUUAAAAUAACCAUAAAAGUAAGGUGUUCAAGAUGUUAAAGGAAUAGAAAAUUAUUAUGGUCCAUACAAUACUUCUUUUAUUACAACGAAGCAUCCUUAAUUAUUUUUGAAAGGAAUCCAAAAAUACCUAGAAGAGAGAUAUUAAUUAAUACAAAUAUAAGUAAAUUUAGUUUGUUAUAAAUAGAACUUCUAAAAUGGGUUCAUAUUUAAUCUUAAUGACAUAAAAAUUGAUUUAAAAUUAUUUAGAAUAGAACAAUUAGAAAUAUUUUACUGCUAGAUCAAUUGCGAGAACUCUAAAAAUAUUGUUAACAAUGCAGAUUUCAAAAAUAUUAUCUACGAUCUGCAAACUAAUUUUAAAUUUUGA